AUGUCUGUAGCCCGACUCUACUCAAAACUUGCCCCUCAUGGCAAACCCAUUCUCUGUCGCGGACUCGGGACGUCUCCGGCCGUCCAGCAGGCGGAAGUGACCACUGCGGAGCAUGUGCGCACUCGUGCCAAGGAGAAAUUGGCACAUGUGGAUGCGCAAAAACCAUUUUCUCCGUCCUUGAUAGAUUCAUUUAACAGACGGCACAACUACCUGCGCAUAUCUCUCACAGAGAGAUGUAAUCUCCGAUGUUUCUACUGCAUGCCCAGCGAGGGUGUCGAGUUAUCCCCCCGGGAUCAUAUCCUGACGGAUGAUGAAGUGAUCCGUCUUGCCAAGUUAUUUGUCAAGAGCGGGGUGACCAAGAUCAGGUUGACUGGCGGCGAGCCGACAGUACGAAAGGGUUUGGUGGACAUCGUGGGUCGUCUGAAUGAGCUGCGAGAAUUCGGUCUGCAAUCUAUUGGCAUGACCACGAACGGCAUAGCCUUGGAACGUCGCCUGCCUGCGUUGAUUGAGAAUGGGCUUACGCAUCUGAACCUCAGCUUGGAUACAAUGGACCCUCAUAAAUUUGAGAUCAUGACUCGGCGAAUGGGUCACGCAGCCGUUCUUCGCUCCCUGGAUGCCGCGCUCUCCCUCGGCCUGGAGUCUGUAAAAUUGAACGUCGUAGUAAUAAAGGGGUUGAAUGAUGCCGAGGUUCUGGACUUCAUACAGCUGACCCAAAGCAAGGAUAUUUCCGUCAGAUUUAUUGAAUUCAUGCCGUUCACAGGCAACAAAUGGGAUAAGGCCAAGAUGCUUCCAUCCUCUGAAAUUCUAGACCGCAUACAGCGUGACCACCCCAAUACGAUCAAGGCCCCUGAUGAGCUCAACGACACUGCCCGUUCAUACAUCAUUCCCGGAUUCAAAGGGAGCUUUGGCUUCAUCAGUAGCAUGUCCGAUCAUUUCUGUGGGUCAUGCAACCGACUCCGGCUCACUGCGGACGGCCAGAUCAAGGUAUGCUUGUUUGACGCCAAGGAGAUAUCUCUGCGUGACCAGAUGCGCCGCGGGACGACCGAUGACGAACUGCUAGAAACGAUAGGGCACGCCGUCCGGGGGAAGCAGGAGAAACAUGCCGGUAUGGAAGACAUUGACGUCGUGACCAACCGACCCAUGAUUCUUAUUGGAGGUUGA